CGGGAUGGUGCGUGGUUACGGCCCGCUGAGAACUUAGUGCGCCUCCCACCUGAUGCAGCCUGCGCAGAGCCGUGUCUCAAGAGUGCUGGGGAAUGCAGGCGAAGGAGUCCCCGUGCCGGGCUUUGCCCAGUCCCGUGUUGGGCACUCAAUAAAGAAGAAGCAGCAAGAUGUGGUGAGAUUUCUGGAAGCCAACAAGAUAGAGUUUGAGGAGGUGGAUAUCACAAUGUCAGAAGAGCAGAGGCAAUGGAUGUACAAAAACGUACCCCCGGAAAAGAAGCCCGCGCAGGGCAACCCGCUGCCCCCGCAGAUAUUUAACGGCGACCGAUACUGUGGAGAUUAUGACAGUUUUUUUGAAUCAAAGGAAAGCAACACAGUGUUUUCAUUCUUAGGCCUGAAACCACGGUUGGCAUCAAAGUGCUGUUCCAAGGGCUCCACCUGAUGGGUUAGCUUACCCAGAGAAAAUCAAAUACACACUGAUCUCAAGUCCCUAAAUUACCAACCAGUGGCAGGAGGAAAAGAGAACAAUAGAAGCUGGCUUCCAUUUGCCCAGCCUUCUGGUUCAUCGACCAGGGAACACAGGCUGCUCGUUUGCAGGCUGCUUUGAUGACUUCUCCCCAGGAGGGAGCCACAGAGAAAAUCAUUCACCCUCAAACUUGCACACUUCUGACCUGGGGAAGCAAAAAGCAGAUGAAGAAAUUGGAAUAUGACUUGCCUGAGAGCAACUCUGAACCAUUUCAGACAGCAUUUAUAUUAUGUAGUCUCAAGUUUCUAAACCUAAUUUAAUAAAUACAUAUCUUUGCAAAAAUAGCACUGUGCAUAUCAGCAACAUUUCUAUUUCAACAGGAAAUAGAAGCAAGUUUUCCACUGCCGGAAAAUUCUGUUGAUACUGAAGGUGCGGGAAAGAAGAGUUAAUUCACCCUAUUUUUUCUUCUGUGUACUAAGGUUAUGUUUUCACAUGUUUUAAAAUUCUCUGCCAUUCUAUUUUACAACUACAAAUUGAAGUGAUGUGCAAAAUGCUGAGAACUGAAAAAACAUUAUUAGGGAAAGACUCAAAAUUGUGCCAUUAAACAAAAAUCAAUGUUUCAUAUUAAACAAUGCCACUCUGGUACAAUCAGGUUAAACAAACAAACAAACAAACAAAAAAACAAUUGGAGUUGUGUUCAGCUUGGCAGUUAAGACACUGGCUAAAACGUACAGGUUCCACAUCAGAGUAUCUGGGUUCAAUACCCAGCACAAACUCCUGAUCCCAACUUGUUGCUAACAUAUACUUUGGAGGCAGAGGUUCCUGUCAUCCACACGGGAGAACUGGAUUGCAUUUCCAACUUGUGGUGACCCUGGCCCAGGCCCCAUUAUUGUGUCUAUUCAUCUGUUUCUCUCUUUGCUUCUCAAUAACAAAAAAAAAAAAAAAAAAAAAAAAAAAAGUGAUUCAAGAGCUGAUCUCCUUGUUUUAAACUGUGUGGUGGUUUGAGGGGCUGGUCAAAAUAGUUUCUGUUUUCAGAAUUGAGAAAAAAGCCAAUUCUGAGAACAAAAGUUGCUCAGUAUUCUCAUAUUCUGGUACAAAGAAUGAUUAGAGGCGUGUAAAGGCUUAUUGCUUUAUUCUACAUCUACUAAGCCUCCAUUUCCACCUCAGUCUCCCUGAACGGAAUAAGCUGGUCCAGACGGGGAAAGCGGAGAGUCUGGGGGAAAAGGCUGCAGAGGAAGGAGCCAGCCUCAGCUCUGGCACACCUAGGGUAUCUCCUACAGGAUAGACACCAGUAUGGAUCAUUAUUUUGUACCCUCCUCCUCUACAUGGCAAAAUUAUUACAUUAAAUGAAGAAAUCAAUACUUGUUAAAUCUUAGUUAAUUCUACUUAUGCCCCUUGGAUAUUGAAUUUUUCUAUGGUAUUAUAUAGAAUUUUAAGUUAUUUGGGUUCCUUAAAGAUUAAAUGUGUUCUCCUUCUGAUUCUAUUGACAACAUCUGUAAGUUACUGUCAUAUAAUGUAUAAUGUGUAGUGUUGCAUGACUUUGUUCUAGUGGAAAAAGCUUAAGAAGCUAAGCUGAAGCCAGGAGCCUGGAACUGCAUCAGGUUCUCCCACGUUAGUAGCCAUGGCUCAAGUACUUGGGACACCAUCUACUGCUUUCCCAGAUGCAUUAACAGGGAGCUGGAUUAAAAAUAGAGCAUCUGGGACUUGAACCAAUUCUCAUAUGCUCAACAUUGGCCCUGCCAUAAACUCUUCAAAGUAAACUCAUACAAACAGUAGGGAAAAGUCUUAAGUCUAAGUGUCAGUUGAUCAGAGUCACAUAAAAAUCUCAUUUUACAAUAAAUUCUAGAAAUUACAAUAGUGAACAUGUAAUUUAUUCUUUAGAAUCUCUCUAGCACCUUUCAAAUAUCCCCAGUCAAUUUUCCCCCCACAAUUUAUCUUUAUUAGUAAAUUCAGGUAUAUUUAAAUCUUAUUUUGUAAAUACUUUUGAAAUUUCUCUUCUGGCACAAAAAUUAGAGACACUGGAGCUGGGGCUGUGGCACAGUGGGUUAAGCCUCUGCUUAUAGCACUGGUAUCCCAUAUAGGUGCUGGUGGCUGCUCCAUUUCUGAUCCAGUUUCCUGCUAAUGAGCCUGGGAAAGCAGUGCAAGAUGGUCUAAGUGCUUGGGCACCUGCAUCCAUGUGAGAGACUUGCAAGAAGAUCUUGGCUCUUAGCUUUAGCCUGGCCUGACCCUGGCCCUUGUGGCCAUUUGGAGAGUGAACCCUGUCUGUCUCUGUCUCUCUAUAAUUCUCACUUUCAAAUAAAAUAAAUAAAUCCUUCAGAAAACAUCAGAGACAUUAUUUGACCCUUUUCUUUCAUGCAAUGUAUAGUUUCUGGUAAGAACAAUGAAAUGGUUAAAUCCUAAUACUUUUUGUAUGUGCUAGCAAAAUAUGAUCUCUUAUCAUUUCUCCUGGUAUUAUCCUUUAUUUUUAAAAAAGAUUUAUUUAUCUGAGAGACAGAGUUACAGACAGAGGGAGAGACAGAGAGAGAAAUCUUACAUUUGCUGGUUCACUCUCCAAGUGAUUGCAACAGCCAGAGCUGAGCUGAUCUGAAACCAGGGGCCAGGAGCUUCUUCCGGGUCUCCCACAUGGGUGCAGGGGCCCAACCACUUAGGCCAUUUUUCACUGACUUCCCAGGCCAUUAGCAGGGAGCUGGAUCAGAAGUGGAGCAGCCAGGACUCAAUCAGCUCCCACAAGUGAUGUCAGCCCCGCAGGUGGAGGCUUUAUCUACUAUGCCACAGUGUCGGCCCCAGAAUUAUUUAAAAUGAGAUUUUUUCUAUGUAAGCAUCCAUUUGCUUAUAUAUUUUUAAGAAGAAAAGUUUUUCCUCUACAAAUUUAAGUCUGAGUGAUAAGCAACUUCAGAAUUCAUUAAUAAUAGAUGAAUAGGAGAUACACCAAACAUACUUGUGGACUCCUCUACAGAGUAGUUUCCCGAACAUCUAGAGAUACAGGUUUAUAAACUGGCUUAACAGGCAGGUGGGGUAGUGGGAUUAGGGCUUCAAAGUGUGGAAAAUUCUAAUGAGACUUGACAAUGUCCCACUGUCCAAGUCAGUUACCUUUCUGGCUGGAGACCUCCUUUGGAGUUUGGGCAUUUGUGGCAGCUGACUCUAGAAAAAUAGCUACAGUCAGAUAAGAGAAGCUCAGAUAAGAUUUCUCUCUGAAUUUGCAAUAGUUCAGAAUUUUUCAUUUAUAUGCCAUUUUUUAGUGAAUUUGUGGCCCUUUAAUAUUAUGUGGCAUAAUUACAAUGUUCUUAAGAAUUUCUGUAUUUUGAUCUUUAAGGAAUGCUUUUAAAGCUUGUUGUUUCAUUGCCCAUUGUUCAAGGCUUAUUUUGGCUGUCUGAAAAUAUUCUGGAGUCCUAUGAAACUCACCUCAAACUUCAUACCAGAAAGAAAAAUAAUUCAGGAAAGAAAAAUUGCAUGUAACAGAGAGAAAUUUUUAAUUAAUCCUCCUGGGUCCGCUUUGUUUUUGGAUUGCAUAACACAUUGAAGGUUGAAAUCGACUUUUCAGACUUGUUUGGACCAUGCAGUUCCAUAAUGAGCAUGACCUCUAAUCUGGAAAGGGUAUUCUCACUAUUAGAGAUCCAUUCUGUACUGUGUUCUAUCAUUGAGGUGAGAAUUAAACGAAUGAACCAAUUUUUUCCAAAGUUGUCAAAUGAGCCAUCCAUAAAUGGCCACUUCCAAAAGAAUGAGCUCUGCAAAAAUUAAAGGAUUAUUUACAUAAAAUAUGCAUAAACAUCAGGAGUAAUUCCUUUGACCCACAAAGGGCCUUAACUCCACUGUGUCUUUCAUAGUUUCAACUCCGCUGUAACAUUGGCCACAAUGGAGGCUGAUAUCAACACAUCUCUUCUGUGGGCUCAGCAGAUCUUCCUGCAACAGCAAAGAAGCCUCAGAAUGGUUCUUUUAUUUCAACUUUGUCAUCUUCAUAUGAACGCAGUUGAUAGCUUUUCACAUUUGAUCAGUGUGUGAAGAAACACGCAGAAUGCUGGAACAAUAAUUCCAAAGUACUGUCCUUUUAUUUAUUUUUUAAGAUUUUUAUUUAUUUAUUUGACAGGUAGAGUUAUAGACAGUGAGAGAAAGACAGAGAGAAAGGUCUUCCUUCCGUUGGUUCAUCCCCCCAAAUGACCGCUACGGCCGGCGCUGCACUGAUCCGAAACCAGGAGCCAGGUGCUUCCUCCUGGUCUCCCAUGCAGGUGCAGGGCCCACUUGGGCCAUCCUCCACUGCACUCCCGGGCCACAGCAGAGAGCUGGACUGGAAGAGGAGCAACCGGGACUAGAACCCGGUGCCCAUCUGGGAUGCCGGUGCCGCAGGUGGAGGAUUAGCCAAGUGAGCUGCGGCGCCGGGCCCAGUACUGCCCUUUUAAAGAUAUCUGCCACUACUAGCUGGCACCACUGACUUGAUUCCUAAUAGACUGGAUUUAUUCUUUAUCCUGCAAUUUAAAAUAGGACUAUAUUUAAACCCUUAAAAGAUAUUAUUGAAAUUCAGGAAAAUAUUGCAUAUAGAAACUUAGAUUUGAGUGUACAAACCAGCUAUGCCAAACUUCACAUUUUACACUGCCUAUGUCCUUUACAUUUUAGACACAAAGACUCCAAGGGGCCAAAAAGUAUAGCAGGUUUGAAGUUUGAAGAAAUAAUUAUAUUUCUUUCUAUUUAUUCUCUCUCUACAUGCUAUCAUCAUAAUUUUGAAUUGCCCCUUAAAAGUAAGAAUAUGGAGUACUAUAAUGUUUGGAUCCACAUCAAACCUUACUCUUUUUUUUUUUUUUUUUUGACAGGCAGAGUGGACAGUGAGAGAGAGAGACAGAGAGAAAGGUCUUCCUUUUGCCGUUAGUUCACCCUCCAAUGGCCGCCACGGCCGGCGCGCUGCAGCCAGCGCACCGCGCUGAUCCGAUGGCAGGAGCCAGGUACUUCUCCUGGUCUCCCAUGGGGUGCAGGGCCCAAGUACUUGGGCCAUCCUCCACUGCACUCCCUGGCCACAGCAAAGAGCUGGCCUGGAAGAGGGGCAACUGGGACAGAAUCCGGCGCCCCGACCGGGACUAGAACCCGGUGUGCCGGCGCCGCAAGGUGGAGGAUUAGCCUAGUAAGCCACGGCGCCGGCUCAAACCUUACUCUUUAUGAACUUACUCUUUAAGUUACUAAAACUCUAUGUGUGUUAGGAUCCAACUGAUUAAUGGGUAUUUCUCCAAAUUAAUUUCCAUGUGGAAUAUAAUUAUUUAUUAAAUAAUAAGGAAUGAAAAUGUACUGACUUAAAGCACAUACACAUAAAUAAUCAGUAAUUAUUUAGAACUUAGACCAGCAAGAGAUAUUUGUGGGGAGAAAUGUUUUAUCACUGACAUUUCUCAAAAUUGUUGAUGUAUAGUGAUAACAGAAAAACAGACGUAUUUAUAGUUGGCUUUACUAGUUUUAAAUAUUUCUCCAAAGGCAAUGCACUACCUUAUUCUCUGCAAUGAGUGGACACUUCCCUCCACCCUGCAUUUGGUACACACUGGUCUCAAAUGAUUCUCUAGCCGAGAGCAUUGUUUUUAAGGUCUACAGACUUGUAUGGAAAGGAGAAAUGGCUUCUUACUUACUGGUUGAGUGUUUGCUUGAUGACUUGCCUUGGUGUUUCCAAAUGGGAAAAAGAAAGCUGGCAUGGCGAAGCUUUCAUUUUCUGCAAUGGUGAAGAACAAGAAGACUGUCCCCAAAGCACCAAGGGUGUGCCUGGGAAGAGUCUAGAGAAUGAAGGUAUAUCUGCAGCAGAAGCAAGGCAACCUAUUCCCGUGGGUGAAAGGCUGCCCUGGAGGAUACCUAUAAAAGGGAAACCAUUUUCUCUGUGGAGCUCAUAAGGACACAGUUUUGUUUCCCUUUGCAUCCUCCCUCAGCCAACACCCUCUCCUGUCCUCCUGUCCAAGCUUCUGAAGUCUCAAGCCAACCUGUGUAGACAAUGGUGGGGAGGUGCGUGGGAAGGAAUCUUUAAACUGAUUGUGAGAUGGAAACUUUUUUUUUUUGAUAGGCAGAGUUAGACAGUGAGAGAGAGAGAGAGAGAGACAGAGAGAAAGGUCUUCCUUUUCCGUUGGUUCACCUCCCCAAUGGCCGCUGUGGCCGGUGCACCGCGCCGAUCCGAAGCCAAGAGCCAGGUGCUUCCCCUGGUCUCCCAUGUGGGUGCAGGGCCCAAGCACCUGAGCCAUCCUCCACUUCCUUUCCAGGCCACAGCAGAGAGCUGGCCUGGAAGAGGGGCAACCGGGACAGAAUCCGGCGCCCCAACUGGGACUAGAACCCGGUGUGCCGGCGCUGCAGGCGGAGGAUUAGCCUAGUGAGCUGCGGCGCUGGCCGAGAUGGAAACUUUUAAUAGGGGAAAAUUAACUCCUAGCAAAGAAAAUCACCCUGGUUUAAUAAACAAGCGUGCGGGCAAGUUAUGGAAACAGUUUGCUGUGUCUUCGAGGAAGUUUACUGCUCACUGGGAACAAAGCCAUGCCCAUUGGUUGUCAAUAGAGUAGUAGUUCUUGGGGGGAAAACUCAGAAACUUUCAUUUUUGUGCUUGGAUAAGCGAAGUUGCUCCAUUGGGCCAUUGAAUAGCUGCUGUAUGUCAUUUCUCCUCUGUCUCCUCCCUGCGCUGGUUGGGAACCCGGACAGCCGGUUCCUAACUGGACCCUGUUCCAGUUGCUCUUUGUUUUAGGAUUUGUGCUGCUCUGGUCCAUGACCUUCUUCCAGAAAUGCUAUCACAUUGAUACAGCAUUUGGGUUUUGAGUUUAUUCCCACAUCACCUCAGGUUUCAAUAAUUCCAAAGGAGAUCCAUUUCAUUCUGGAACUUUCUCUCAAGAUAUGUGUGUGCCUCCAACAACAUGCAAAAAAAAACAAAAAAAAAAACAAAAAAAACAAAAAACAAAAAAAAAAACUACCUCUUCUCAAACACUAGCCAAAACCUAUUGCCCAAACCACGGCAAACUUGUUAUCUUCAGUUGAGAUUUCCUCUUUUUAUUUUCUGAAUUUCUUCAUAUUGUUUCUUUCUCAUUUCUCUAUUCCAUUUGCUCUGAGAAACACAGAGAAGCACCCCAUAAUUUUCUUUUGGGAUGAAUAAUUAUAAAGUCCAAAUGGCUUCUUUUAUUCAGACAUCUCCUAAAUUGCCAACAUCCUCAAGUCUCUCAUUUAAAUAAUGACUGCAAAUUGUUAAAUUUGAGUAAUGUAUGCAGAAGCCAUUCCAUUAUUAGAAUAUUGGAAAAUCUUUUGAGGCUAUUGAUUAUUUUGGGCUAGAAAAUUGUUUUUCUUGACCGUGUUUACAGAAAAAAAGAACCAUGUUAUUUCAAAAGUGUUUUAAUUUGGGGCCCAUUUAUCUCUAAACAUCUAGCUACUAAGAUUGUGUUUUCUGUGACAAAGAAUGUGUUUUCUGUGACAAAGGAUGUAAGAGUGCUAAAAAAAAAAAAGAUUCUGUGCAAUUUUGCCAUAGCUGUUAUUAGCUUGGAAGAGUUUGGACAUAGUUUUUUAAGCUUCAGAUGUGACAAUGUAUUUGCUAAAAUAAGGGAUAAUAGAAAAAGAGCUAAGAAAAAUAAAGAUUACAAUUCCAAACUUCUCAUCAUAGGCCACAUCCCAUAAGGGCUUUUAAGGCUCUGGGAUUUAUGUGUGUGUGUGUUUAUGUUCCUAAUUUAAACACCCAUCUGAAUUCCCUACCUAGAUUUAGUAAAGUUCAUAGUUUGCUAAAUACCUCCAGACUUCUGCCAUACUAGAUCAUGUGUUACUCACUCUGGGAGUGACAGUCUUUCUCACAAACCAAUAGGCAAGGUGGUUAUUCACAAAAGACUUGAAAUGGAUAUGGCCAAUUGGCUUGUGGCGCCUUUUCACAAGCCCAAGGAAUGAAAGAACUUCUAGAAAGUGCAUUACAUAUAUCUUCCAAAAUCCCCCAAUCAAAUAAUAAUUAUUAAAGCCCCUGGUAGAUUAUACUAUGUUUUUACACAUUUUAAAACUAAUUCUCCCUCAUGGCAAACCUGGGAAUUGGUUAUUAUUAUCACUGUUUUAUAAGAUAUUCAUUAACUCUCUCAAUCUCAUGGGCCUCCAAGCUGCGUCCCAGGAGGUCCAUCAGUGCUUCUCUGUUUAUCCUCAACUUUGGCUCUACUGCUGGUAGGGAAGUCCCUCCUUGACAGGUCUGAGAACUGACUCCCAAGACAACCCUCAGCCCCUGCACACAGACACCUCCUCUGUGUCACUCAUGUCAUCACUGCAAAGCCAACUGGCGCUUCCAACAUGAAAGGGGAGCGUUCUCAUCCAAAAGCCACUCCACCCCCCAUUUGAUCCAUUGUAAUUCAGUUUAUGUGUCAGUCAUUUUAAAUUUCAUACAUUUAAAAACAAUUAAAGCGAUUAUCAAGGCAUACAUGAUUAAGACACAAAUGAAAUUUCCUAUCUUUGUUGAACUUGAUCCAAACAUUACACAUCUCCUGCAUAUUAUCAAGUGGUGUUCCUCUUCUGGCGGUGCUUCUGAAACAUCUGUUGCUCCUUAGCUGAAACCAUGCCCCCCAAGUUCCGAGAAAGUGGGGAUCUUUUCUGUGCGGGGACCAGGACCCUUGCAGAGACAGAGUAAUUAUUCUUUUUUCUGUCAUCUGAUCUUUGACUUAGCCCCAUCCAAUCUUCCCAGGAAAAUUCCCAGCACUCCUUUGUUGGUUGGCACUCUUCCUAUUUCUAGCUGUUGGUGGCUCAGUUCCCAGAAUGUGAGCCAGUCUCUAGUUCAAGGCUGGCAGCUCUGGAGGAAGGAGACUCCAUCUUGUUCUCUUUUAUAUUGCCAGGACCUAUGUAGUGCCUGGCAUACCCAGCGUCUACUAGAGGUUCAACAAACAUUUACCAAAUUUAUGAAUGAAUGAAGAAGUCUGAUCUUCUCAUUUUAUUGACAGAAAGAACUUAAACCAGAGGGUUAUGCGAAUGGAUCAAACAUGUGGUUAUCAGUGGCAGAACUAGGACUUGAAACGAGAUAUAUUCACUUCCUUUCCAACGUUUCUGCUCUGUACAUGUAAUAUGCAGCCCACUCAGUCAUCUUCCCUGUCCCUGUUAAUGGCACUACCACUGGGCAGUUUUCCAAAAAGCAAUUAGCUGCCCCCCUCCUCUUUGCAAUCUCUUGCCCCCACCUCCUCUGCAGGCCUUAGAACCUGGAACUUCUCUAAAAGUUCUGCUGCUCUCAUAAGACAUGAGGUCCCUCAGAGUCACAGUCCACCUUGGUAACAUGACAUAUCAUGUUGCCAGGGGAAAAGCAUUUAACCUGCCACAAUAUAGGCACUUCCCUUGCCACAUCAACUGGAAAGAAAUUUUCUCAUUCAGAAAACAAUUUGAUUACCAAAAUGACAGCGAAAGUGAAAUUUCAAAUUCCUUAGAGGAAGUAAAAGAAAAAGCAAAUAUCCUGCCUGCCCCCGCUGGUUCCUAGUUCUUCCUUCCGGAUGUCAAUGUGAUGAACAGCAGCCUGUGGCUGCCACCAGGAAGCUGCCAUGCAGAAGCGAGCAUCUACCUUCUGAAAAAAAACACAACUGCAGUCACACUCAAAAAGAAUGCAGAGUGACGAAAACCAGCUUCAGAGUAAUAGAGGAGUAAGAAAAGUCAGCGAAGUCAUUGAGUUUAUGCAAAUUUCAGAAGACACAAAAGCAAGAACACUGCUUCCAUGUUACACAUACAGGUACAUGGGUAAAAAAGUAUAAAAACAAACAUGCUCCGGACGCUCUUGACUCAUGCUUCCCAAGAGUUGAAUAAGGUACAAGGAAAAGGAGAUAAAGGGCACAGGGAAUCCAAAUUUACCCGGAUUUUUGUUAAUAUAUACUAUAUAAACAUAUGCUGAAGGAAAUAAGGCCAAUGGUAAGAACUGCCAAGGCUGGGAAUGGGUUCACGGGAAUACAUUAUUUUGGGAGCACUACUUAUGUUAAAAUGCAUUUCAAAUAAAAAAAUUAAAAACAAAAAAGAACUGGUAGAUUCACUUGUACUGUCACAGCUACCAUUUAAAUGUAUUGUGUCCAUUUAACAAUGUUUUGGGAGAGCUUUAUCAUUUUAACAAACAAAUAUCAACCUCAUUUGAUCAUUUUUAGCUCAUCAAAACAAAAAAUAAAGCUUGCAUGAUAAUUCACUGUAUUUCAAUCAUUUACCUGUUCUCCUGUGGAUGAACAUUUAUUUCCUCAUUUUUGCUUUGUUAUUAUAAAUUGUACUGUAAUAAAUGUAAACACACAUUGGUAUUUUAUCAUAUGUAUCUCACUGAGGAUAAAAAGAUUUUAGAGACAUUCAUUUAUAAAUACAGAAUUUAGUCAUGAUAUUUCACUUGUGGAACUCAGGCUUUGGGGAAAAACUGCCAGUCUCUUUCAAAUACUAUAUUUUUAAGUUUAAGUGAUUUGGAUUAAAAUUGUACUAUCAGAAUUUUUUUUUUUUUUUUUAGUGUUGGCUUAAGGCUUAACUAACCCCUGGGAGUCAAUUUCCAGUCAUUAAUAUCUUAGCAGGAUUGACUUUAUCAGCUCCUUUCUAAGAUUAGCUUUUCUUAAGAAAAUAGAUAAAGCUUGAAGACAGAGGACAUUACAGGAGUGCAGAGAAAAGAUUUGUCAAAUACAGAGGCUGGAGCCCCCAAGGUAAACUUAUGUUCCUCAAAAUUUUGUGUAGGACAGAGCCACUUAAUCUGCCACUCUGAACUCCCAAAGAAAAUUUAAAAAUUAAAGCAGUAAUGACCUUAAAAUCUGUGUUAAAUUAAACUGGACCUUUGUGAGAAAUUUUUGGUACCUCUAAAAUCACCCCAUACAUUUUUCUUCUAAAAAUUUUCAACAUCUAUAUCUUUCGAGGCAUUAUAAUAAAUAUCUCUAUUGACCAUCAUUCUUAAGCUUCCAUAUUUCUAACAUUGUAAUUAUGGGAAUUAACAUUUGACUGGAAAUUUGAGCCGACACACCAUAUGUGAUGAGGUCGGUCCUGUGGCAGUGCCCCUGAACACUGGACACGACUGCCAUCGCCAGUGUGCAGACCUCCCUUCCCCCCCUCCCUAACCCCUUGCCUCUGGCCAGUGUUUUCUCCCUAUAUUUUUUAAGCACUCUUAUGUUGUUUUAAAAAUCUGGUCAGGAGAGGAAGUUGCAUUUUUAACACACAGUGGAAUAGAACAUAAAAACAAACAAAAGCAAACGACCGUUCUGGAGACGUCUAGAUCUCCCUGUGUGCUGGGACUGGGAUCUUGAUAUCAACGAGCUUGCUCAUCCAAGUGUUCCCAUGGAGGCAGCUUGCCUUCGCUUGCACACGCCACCAGACUUGCCUACAGAGAUCGUGGCCCAUUCCUUUCAUCUGUGCUUUUCUUCUCAUCUGAGCCACUGGGAGUCUAGCAUCCUGUCCCGUGGCUAUGCUUAGUAGCCUUAAUAGCUGCAAUGGAAGCAGUAUGUCAACACUGAGGAGGGAGAGUGGAAGAAGAAUCGAACAUGUUAAUAUCCUCUGGGGGUGGAGUGUUGGAGGGCUCUUGCUAUUGAGAGACAGGUAUAAGCUUGAUUUCAGAAGUGCAGAUAUGAUUUAAUUACUCCUGUUUCUGGUGUGGAUUAUCACUUCAAGGAUUUGCAUGCUAUUGCCGUUGGUGAUUAAUGAAAGAGUUGUAAAUCAGGGCUGUAAUAAAAUAUAAAAGGUGUAAGUAAAGAAGACAGAUUUGAAGUCUGUAGUUUAUAGUGCAUGAGUUGCUUUAAAAAUACUGGGUACGUGUUCUAUUUAUACAUACAUAAAUCACCCCACAUGCAGGUAUGUAUACAUCCGUGUAUAAUUUUAAAUGACAGGCACCAAUUUAAUGGAGAAGCUAGGGCUCAUUAGUUCCCUGAGCAGGAUUGAUUCUCCAUGGCCGGAAUGGUGCAUACAGUUCCUAGAUAAUUUGUAGUGAAUUGAAUUUUCUUUCAGCAUACCUAAUUAGUGGCUCUUUCUUUUGCUGCUUAAAAGGAUAGAGACAUUUUAAAAAAUAAAUAUUUGAAAAUGCUGUUAAAGCACUGUAAAGAAUGAAGCCUUCAGAUGCAUCUUAUGCCCCAGUGUUUCUACUCCCAAGUGUUAGAGGUCUUCAAAAAAUUUAUAGGAAAUGCAAAUUUAUGGAAAAAUUGUAUGUGGAGUUCAAAAAUUCUUUGCACUAAAAUGAACUUGGCUUUUCAUUCUAUUUUUUCCACAAACUUUUUGAAGCACCCUCGUAUGUAUACCAAAGAAUUGAAGGCAAGUAUUCAAAUAAGCACAACAGCACAAAUGUUCACUGUUCACAACAGCUCAGAAAUGGAAACAACCGAGUAUCUGUCAACUGCAGAGGAGCCAAACAAAGUGUGGUAGGCACCAGCCAUGGGAACAGUAAUGAAGUUCUCACACUAACACAUACUGCAACGCGGAUGAACCCAGGAAAUAGUACAUUCAUCGAGAGAAGCCAGUCAUAAAAGCCCACAUGUUGUAUGAUUCUAUUCACAUAAAAUAUAUAUCCAGAGUAAGUAAAUCCACAUAGACAAAACAGAUUAGUGGUUGCCAGGUGACAGAGUGAGGAAAUAAUAAAGAACACCUAAUGGGUAUCUAAUUUCCUUCCGGGAUUAUGCAAAUGUUUUGGAACUAGACAGAGAUGAUGCUUGCACAGCCUUGCGAAAGUGCUAAAAUGGCACUUAACUGAACACCUUAAAGCAAUUAAUUUAUAUUAUGGGAAUUUUCCUUAAUUAAAAACAACAAAAGCUGAAAAAAAUCCAUUCAUCCAGAAAUGCAGUAACAGAUUCAAGUCUCAGGCACUGAGAAGCAAAGGUGAAAGGGCAGGAAUCACCACCAGAUGGGGAAGGGACAAAUCAUGUGUUGGCGCAUUGUUCGCUGGGUAAAUGAUGUACAUCAAGGUCAGAGCAAUAGGAGGACUGACGGGGCUGACCAUGGGACGACUGACUGCUAACAGAGCCCUGGGGAACUGUCACAGACAAAAGUUAGACACAACUGGAUGGUGACUCUUAGUCUGUUUGGGUCAUGGAAGCAUGUAGAGAUGUGGCAAAAACUACGGGUAUUAACUAGUGAAAAAAAGUCACAAAUAUAGACAUGCAUAAAAUUUUGAAUGCAAUUUCUGGAAGGUCACAUUGACAUAUCUGUGACAUUAGUAAACUUUGUUACACCAGGUUAAAAGUUACUGUGGUACAGUGGGGAGUAGAAAUCCAACCAAUCUGGGGAUUUGAAAUUCAAUAAAGCCAGCUUUACUAAUGUGUUACCUUUAUUAUCAUUCAAUCCAAAGAUUUAUUGAGCAUCUAAUAUAUGACAAACACUUUUCAAUGAACCAGGGAUACGGAGAGAGACAAGAUACUUCUUCUGCACUGAGGGUUAUGAUCUAGUUUCUAAAUGCCAAUAACUUGUGCAAGAGCUGCAAGAUUCAAGGUUGCAUAGAAGAACUGACAAACUUUUCAGUUCUGCUGUAACUAAGGUUCUAUUUUAUUAAGGGAUUUAAAAAAAAGAUUUCUUUACUUAUUUGAAAGGCAAAGUUACAGAGGCAGAAGCAUUGGCAGAGAGAGAGAGAGAGAGAGAGAGAGAGAGAAUCUUCCAUCUGAUGGCUCAAUCCCCAAAUGUUCAUAUCAGCAGGAGCUGUGCCAAUCUGAAGCCAGGAGCCAGGGGCUUCUUCCAGGUCUCCCACGCGGGUGCAGGGGCCCAAGCACCGGGGCCAUCUUCUACUACUUUCCCAGGCCAUAGCACAGAGCUGCUCAGAAAUGGAGCAGCUGGGUCUUGAACUAGCAACCAUAUGGGAUGCUGGCAAUGCAAGACAGCAGCUUUACCUGAUACGCCAAAGCGCUGGCCCCCUGAGGUUUUAUUAAAUUGACAGUUUUUCCUAGUAGCUUUCCAUAAGGCUAGGUCUUAAACUCCAGCUUUCACUAGCAUAGAUGGCAGUUAAUUUAUACAUUUGUUUGCUAGGCAAGUAGAGCUGCUCUGCCUUCUAAUGUAUGUGUAACACUCACGAAGGAAGUCAGUUUGCAAAGCCAAAUGGAGUACACUCGCUGAAAGCCUAAUUUUUAAAAAUAUUUGAGAAUAAUAUAUGGGUAUGCAUGUUCAUAUAUUGUAUUAUGGCCACCAGCUAAGCUUCCAAGAGUAGGUGAUGUCUAAGUUAGGUUUGCCAUUUAGUCUCUUAGAGCCUUUGUUUUUGUUGUUUUUGCCUGAUAGAAGUUGCUUUCAUAUCUUGAUUUUCUAUGUGAAUAGAACUCCCAAGAGUUGUGCAGUGUACAGCUUGUGAAACUGAACAGAGCGGCUGCCACAGAUAGGAUUACCUUGAAGAUUAUAAGAGUUGGUUGGGUGUGCGGAUUUGGCCUUCAUCUACGUGCGAGUUCCUGUGUUUAACCUCCAGCUCUGGCUCUUGACUCCAGCUUCAAGCUAAUGCAGACUCUGGGAGGCAGGGACGGUGACUCAAGUAGUUGAGUUCCUGCCACUCACAUGGCAGAACCUGGCUUGAGCUCCUGGUUCCCAGGUGCCCCAGCCUCAACCUCUGUGAGCAUCUGGGGACUGAACCAGUAGAGGGGAAUUCUCUCUCACUCUCUGUCUCAUUCCCCUCAUAAAUAAAUAAAAUGAAAAAUGUUGAUUUAUGCAAAGUCCUUCGUGUACACUCUGAAAGUGGCUAAGAGUGAGCAGUGUGGGUGACACUGACAAAUAGUCCAGAUUAGCUCCCCAAACUAGUAACACGUUAGGCACCUUAACCCUUUUCUUCUAAAUUCUUUAGUCUAUUCAGGGACUGGGAAAGGACUGGGAUGCAGGACCCUGAAGUAGGUGGAAGCUAUAGUGUAGGGAAGUGUAGGAAGUUGUAGGGAAGUUGCCCCUAAAUAUAGGCCAUCCCGGCCACAAUGUCAGAUAAGAUACAUCAUACAAUGAGUAGAAACUAUCACCAGAAACAGCUUUUACUGAACAUAUUCUAUGUCAGGCUCUGUGGGCAAAGCUUUAUACGAUCAUGUUACCCACUACUUAUGAAAACCCUAUGCAUUAGGGCUGAGGAGUUAGCAAUCAAGAUUAGAAUUUGGGGCCAGCACCAUGGCAUAGCAGGUAAACCCACUGUCUGAAGUGCUGGCAUCCCAUAUGGAUGACAAUUCGAGUCCUGGCUGCUCCACAUCUGAUCCAGCUCUCUGCUACGGGCUGGGAAAGCAGUAGAAGAUGGCCCAAGUCCUUGGGAUCCUGCACUUGCAUGGGAACCUGGAAGAAGCUCCUGGUUCCUGGCUUUGGAUCGGCUCAGCUCCGGCCAUUGUGGCCAUUUGGGAAGUGAACCAGUGGAUGGAAGAGCUCUCUCUCUGUCUCUGCCUCUGCCUCUUUGUAACUCUGACUUUCAAAUAUAUAAGCAAAUCUCUUUUUUUUUUAAAAAAAAGAUUAGAAUUUGUUUCUCCCACAUUUUCUUCUCAUUCCUAAGUUUGUGAGUUUGUUCAAUUUGUUUGAGACUCCAGUCCUUUUGUUGAUUCUGAAGAAUAUCUGCGUACUUAUGUCUAGAUGGAGAUAGAGGUCUUUGUCUACAUUUCUCAUUACUACAUCUUCACACAUAUCUGGACACAGAAAUGUAUAUCCUAUGUUACCCAGUGCCUAACAUAGCACCUGUCAUAUUAGACACCUAACUGAUAAACAAUAUCAUGUGUGAAUAUACAGGUGCUUUCUCUGUUCUCACACAUUUUUAAAAAUUAGAUCAUUCGGGGAAUGGUCUCUAUGUGGCUUCCAAAUGACCGCCUUCAAUGUUGUACAUAGAUUAGAAAGCAGUACAGCUCUGACUUGGUUGGCAAGCAGGCAGAGAUAAGUUUAUUAGCAACAGUGCUGGUGGGAAAUGCUAUGGGGUAUUAGAGGUGCAAGGCCUCCAAAAUUUCAUAUGAGCUUAAUUUAUUUCUGCAAUGGCUCAUUUCCUAGGUUCUGAGUUUUGAAAGGUUCCUGCCUUGAUGAAGCUUACAAUCUAUAAUGCAAAUAUAAAUAUAUAAGAAAGGUUUAGAAAAUCAUCCCUGCUAUGAGAAGUGAGACAGAAUGGUGAGACGAACAGGUCUCAUGGUAGGAAGGAAGGCCUACUCCAGCUACAGGAUGGCUAGGGAAAUCCUAUGUGCCAUGGAGACAAGUCCACUGAGAUGUCACAGAAGAAGCCAAUGAGGAGCAAGAGUUUUUUUUUUUUUUUUUUGUAAGAUUUAUUUAUUUGUUUGAAAGUCAGAGCCACAGAGAGAGGCAGAGGCAGAGGCAGAAAGAGAGAGGUCUUCCAUCUGCUGGUUUACUCCCCAAAUGGCUGCAAAGGCCAGGGCUGUCAGGCUGAAGCCAGGAGCCCAAAGCUUCAUCUGGGUCUCCCACAUGGGUGCAGGGGCCCACGCUCCAACCUAUACUCCCACCCUUCUUCCUCCUUCCUCUCCUAUUCUCAUUCUAAUUUUUAAAUAACAUCUAUUUUCAAUUAAAUUUAUACACAUAAGAUUAACCCUAUACUAAGUAAACAAAUAGGAUGAAAAAAAACCAAAAUUGUUCCUCAAUAGUUGAGACAAGGCUGUUCAAAGUCAUCACAUCACAAAGUAUAAAUUUCACUUCCAUAGAUUACCUUUAGUUACUCUAUUAGUUACCACAGAUUGGGGAGAAUAUAUGGUAUUUUCUUUUUGAUACUGGCUUAUUCCAUAAACAUAAUGUUUUCUAGUUGCAUCCAUGUUGUUGCAAAAGACAGGAUUUCAUUUUUUUUAAGAUUUUAAUUAUUUAUUUGAAAGGCAGAGUUACAGAGAGGCAGAGACAGAGAGGUCUUCCAUUAGCUGGUUCACUCCCCAGUGAUGAUGCUGAUUCUUCCAAUCCAUGAACAUGGAAGAUUUUUCCAUUUUGGGGGGUCUUCUUUUAUUU